CAAACAAAGGUUGCCCGCGCUGGUUGACCUUAAAUUUCUUCUCUAAAUGAAGGAAGCUGUGAGAAUUAAUAAUUGCGCUCACUCAAGUUUCUUUCAACAAGAAAUCAGAAGGCCAUUCCUAAAAUUCUCUAAUUCUUCUCGUUCUUCCACCGCAUUUUCAUGGACUUUCCCAAGGUUUCCGUCGGUAAUUAUGUGAUUCCGUCUCUGCUCUUCGCUGGAAUUCUCUUAUUUUGCGUUACUGCUUCCUCUGUUUUGAAUCCUUUCACUCUUCUCUCCAACGGACGCCAUUGCAGCAGCAACAAGCUUCAUAAUCAGAAUAACACCAGCGAUUAUGAUUCUGUUGCACCACGAGACGAGCUUGAAUUGGCUCUAUCCAGAGCGUCAAUGGCAAACAAGACGGUGAUAAUCGCCGUCGUAAACAAGGCGUACGCCGAUCAAGAAACCGCAGUGGUUACGACUAUGCUGAACGUGUUUCUUGAUAGUUUCUGGCUCGGAGAAGGCACGCGGCCUUUGGUAAAUCACCUCCUUCUCGUCGCCGUCGAUCAAACGGCGUACGAACGGUGCCAGUUCCUUCGUCUGAACUGCUUCCGGCUGGUAACGGACGGCGUCGAUUUCGGCGGCGAGAAGCUUUACAUGUCGGAGGAUUUCAUUAAGAUGAUGUGGAGAAGGACUCGGUUUCUCUUGGAAGUCCUCCAACGGGGAUACAACUUCAUCUUCACGGACACGGACGUAAUGUGGCUUCGAAACCCCUUCACGAAGCUGAGCCCCAACAAAACAGAGGAUCUCCAAAUCAGCACCGACGGUUUCUCCGGUAACCCAUUUGGGGAGGAGAAUUUCAUAAACACCGGAUUCUACUUCGUCCGAUCAAACAACAAAACCAUUUCCCUCUUCCAAAAUUGGUAUGAUCUAAAAGACAAUUCCACAGGGAAGAAGGAGCAGGAUGUUCUUCUAGAGCUCAUCCAUGGCGGAAUCAUCGGCAAGCUUGGCCUCAGAGUCCGAUUCCUUGACACGCUUUACUUCAGUGGGUUUUGUCAGGACAGUCGGGACCCUAGGGAAGUGGCGACGGUUCAUGCCAAUUGCUGCCGGAGCAUCGCCGCAAAGGUUGCCGAUCUCCGGACAGUGCUUUAUGAUUGGAAGAAGUUCAGGGAGAUGAGUUCUUAUAAUAGUGUGGAGAAUGCGACGGCUGAGUUUAAAUGGUCGCCGCAUUCGGGGUGUUUGAAUUCGUGGCAUUAGAAUUUAAGGGAGGUUUGGUUGAAAGGUAGUUGAAGAUGAGAUUUUUAUCCCGUUGAUAUUUAUUCUCCAACCCUAAAUGAUCAAUGAUUAGCCUAGAAACAGAUGAAAUCUACUAUCAUGUUUUAGAUAGUAUCACAUCAAGAAUGAUCAUGUCUAUCAUAGUUCUAACACGAUGACUAUAUCUAUCGUAAUCUUCAUUUUUCUUGAAAAAUUCACGGUAAAAGCACAACACAAUGUGAAAAAAAUGAAGAUCGCAAUUAAAUAAUGCCAUCACGUUAGGAUUACGAUGGAUAUGACCAUCUUUAAUGUGAUUAUGUAUAAAAUGUGAUAGUGCUUUUUGAGAUAAGUAGAAAGUUAGAUUUUAUAUGUUUGUGGAGAUGAGUAUUAAUCACUUAGGCAUAUGUGAAAGGGUCAUAUGUACAAAAAUCUCUUGAAAAAUUUACUUUUCUUUGUUGGUUUUUGGAAUGUUAUAUAUAGG